CUUGAUAAUAUCCAAUACGUUAUUGACAAUAAGUGCAACAUGGUCUUCCUUGUGCCUCACGACGAUCUUCCUACCCUCACAUGUUAUCUUCUUGCCAACAUUUCCAGCGAUGAGCUACAAGCUUUCAAAUCAGCCUUCGAAUUAGGCAAUCGCGCACGUUUCGAUCCCAUUCUACACGUCAAAAUCGUCCGUCCACCUGAGGACUACAUUGGGAAAUCUCACGAAUACAUCCGCCGAAAAGAAGAUGAAGCUGGCCGAGAAGGCAAAUUCCUCAUCCUCGACGACAGGGCCGUUGAGAACAAUGCUGUCUGGUACAUCUCUUAUUUUGCAGAUCAAGAGUACGUCAAUUGGAAACAAGCAGAGAGCACAGAUGUUCUCUGGAAGAUUCUCAUCAGGACGGACAAGUUGGCCUCAGUGUACGCAAACUACAGCAUUGGCAACAUGUCUCUUGAAGAGAACCUGGGCAAUUGCGGGGUACGUUAUCCCGUAAAGCCGGGCUUUGAACAACCCAAAGUUCUCGAUUAUGAGACAGACAUGCAAAAAGACCAAUACAGGUCGCCUGCUUGGAUAAGGGCCGAGCCCGGCGAAUAUGAAUUCAAUAAAGGCGGCGAAGAGCUGGGAGAUUACAUCGCACCGCCAAAUUCGUAUGCCAGGCUUAAAGACGGGGUGGCAGAGACAGUGGGAGUUAUAAACGAUUGGGUGAAUUAUUACGAGUCUGGCCCGUUUCCAAUGUCGGAUGGGACGGAGAAGCAAUUUCCAGAAGGCACCAUGGUUCUCCAAUUGAAGUGGGAUCCCGAUUUUGCUUGGCCCGCUUACAAGUGGCCUGAGGGAUCACUAUAA